CCACAACAAGCUAACUUCUCUUCCCACAAUCUAACUUUCUACAACUCUUUCUACCGACCUAUUGUUCGCAACAGCAACAGUAACCACCAUCAUUUUCUACUCGCCUCCUCGAUUGAUCCCAUCGCCACACUUUUAAACAAAGCCAAAUUUUACAAAAAUGAAAGUUCAGCUCUUACUGUCGUGGUCCUUGCUUCUUGGCUCCUCCCACGCCCAAGAGUCGUUCAAUCGAGAGGUCGAACGUCGUGUCUUUGAACGAGUGGAUGGAUUCAUGAAUGGACCAGCUACGGUCAACAACUUGCUAGAAGGCUUCCGACAAAACGGAGCCAUACACCCGGAGCUCAAUGUCAGCGACCGGGAUGUCUACGCGGCCAUUGCCUACAGUCUCCGAAACGAAUUCAACUUUGACUGGAUCUACUACAGUACCGAGGAUGGGGCCUUUAUGGGAUACAACAGCGACGUCACCGGUAUCUACCGGGAGCCCAAAAAUGCCGGCUACCGCAAGGACGAUCCAGAGAUGAAAAUGUACUACAAUACUUGUGUCGACCAGUUCAGCGGAGAAAUGGAAAACUGCACUCUCAAACCUGGACUCGAGUACAUUCAAUGUGUAGAUGGCUGUGAACUCGAAUUGUGUGAAUCAAAAACCGCGAGCGGCAAUGGCACGCAACAACCAUGCGCGGAGCAAGACACAGAGUGCCAAAAAGAACAAAUCUGGUGCCCUCGAUACGAGAUUCUGACCGCCACCGAGGAAGACACACCCGACAAGGGAUUCGUCCCAUGGACCUUCCAUUGCCACACAGAAAACGGAGACUUUUCGCAGCAGCCACAAGCAAUCCUCAAAACCGAUGGGACCUUCGGGAACUGUGUCUACGCAGAUGAUCAGACUUUGGUAGACCGGGAUAUUUCCGGUGACUUUGCUGCAUGCGGAGACGCGGAAUGCAAUAUCUUUGUCGGGGGAUAUCGCUCUUUCAAUUACGAUCCGAGGUUUCGGCCAUGGUACACUGUUACCAAACAGCUCCAAAAGCCAAACUGGUCUCCACCGUAUCCGUUCUUUGACAAUCUGGAUCUUGGCAUUACAUAUUCCCUCCCAUUCUACACUCGAGACGAACAAAACCGAAAGGCCUUUCGAGGUAUGUUUUCCGUGGACUACAAGUUUGAAGGCAUCAACGAGUUUCUGGUCAGCUCGUACGGAGCUGGCGCCAACGGGUUUGCCAACGGAACCAACGCCUACGUUGUGAUUUAUGAAACUGCGGCUCCCCACUACAUAAUCGCAUCAUCCACAGGGAGACCGGCUUCCAGUCUCGUUUUGGAAGCCGACCAAGAGACUCCUUGUCCUAAAGAGCUCGCGUCAGGAGAAAACUCGGGAUGUGUCGUCAAACGGGUGGCAAUGGAAAAUCUGACUGGCCAACCGGACGACGACAUUCUGAGAAGCUCCUACUUGCAGCAGGUAGCGGAGGGACAUCCUGGCGACUUGGUCAGUGCAACUCUUUCCGGCCCAACAGGCACGCAAGCCUUUGUCUCUCAAUCCACCAUCUACUCGAGGGAAGACUCGGAAGGUUUGGAGUGGAAUAUCCUGGUUAUCUUCCCUGUUGAGAGGUCCACAACAGAUUCGGUGACCAAGGAGGAACCUCUCUUCGGAAUCGUAUGCGUCAUUGCUUCCCUCGGCUUCCUGUUGUGUCUGAUCAUGUUGAUUUCCUUCUACUGGAAACGAAAGGAACGAUCCGUGAUUUUAACCGAUUGGAGAUUCACGUGUGCGUUCCUUCUGGGAUGUGCUCUCCUGAACUUGUCAAGCUUUGCAUUGCUUGGGCCAAACACGGAGGAACUUUGUGUACUCCGGAGAUGGUCCUGGCAUUUCCUCUUUGCUGUGGCCUUGAGCCCUUUGUUCGUCAAGACGUACAGGCUUCACCGAUUGGUUGGCACACAAAACCAGAAUCCAUCGAUCAUUUCCAAUCCACAGGCUGUGGCCAUGACGCUCCCCAUCGUCUUGAUCCAGGCUGUCAUUUUGACAGUAUUCACCAUUGUGGAUCCUCCAACCCCAGAAGACAUUAUCGAGUUGGAUGAAGGGGUCGUCUCUCAUCGAGUGGAAUGCACAACACAAAACAAUGCGUUCACGAUCACCGUCUUGUCAUAUGAAAGUGGUUUGGUCCUUGUCGGAUGCAUCUUGGCCUUUGUCACGAGGAAUAUGGACUCUGGAUUCGGUCAGGCCAAAGAGCUCCUGUUUUGCGUGUACAACAUCGCUCUGAUUGGAGUCGUUAUCUGCAUUAUCACAUUUACAAUGGAUAUUGAUGUUCUGGGCACCAAUGUUCUCUUUGCUAUUGGUACGUUCUGUGGUACUGUUUUCAGUUCUGCCGUGUUUGUGCUCCCACGGCUUUUCCAAGAGGCACAACGGCAGCCAGCUCUCAAGAGGGCUCGUGGGAGUCCGCAGGGUGCCCCAACAAAGUCGAACAAGCCAAAACUGCGCAGUGUCAACUUUAGCGAAGAUGUAGGAAUCAUCGCACCCUACAGCCACGAUGAAGAACCCGGACGAACUGAAACUGGAUGGUCUGUCAUUGGACUAGACGAGGACAAUGGUGGCGGCACGGCUGGUCUAAAAAGGGCCAGCAGUGUCAUUCAUGACGAACAUGAAGUUUGGACUAUGGCCGAUUCCGAAGCUGACUUUCAGCCUCCCUCCAACGGAGAGACGACAGAGACAAUCUCGGAUACCACCACUACCAGCCCCCCGGAACAAUCCACCACACCCUCAAGUUUUGCCCCUUCCUCCGGUGCCAGUAUCAUGAACUGCUAACUUCGGCGUGCGAAUAGAAACUGCGGGGGCUAACGAACAGUUACUGAGAUUGCCGACUCGGGCCCUAUGUUUGCUUUUUAAACUGUGACUAUAGAGACAAACUUUAUAUAAAUAACUAUCAUAUCUUCGAGCGUCU